AUGUCCUGCUCUGACCUGUGUGCUCCCACUUCCUGUGGCCCAACCUCACUGGCAAAUAGCUGCAAUGAGCCCUGUGUCAGGCAGUGCCAGGACUCCCGCGUGGUGAUCCAGCCCUCUCCUGUGGUGGUGACCCUGCCCGGACCCAUCCUCAGCUCCUUCCCUCAGAACACCGCCGUAGGAUCCUCCACCUCCGCUGCCGUUGGCAGCAUCCUGAGUGAGGAGGGAGUGCCCAUCAACUCUGGCAGCUCCUUGGGAUUAGGGAGCUUUGGCUACCCAGGCCUGGGCAGUGGGUACAGCCAGCCUUACCACCACUACAACACCUACCGCAGUGGCUUUAGUGAGCCAUGCUGA